AUGGGUGAUGAACAAGAUAUUCGAAAAAUGGGAGGUUUACGAAGAAUUUUACCAUUUACAUAUAUAAUGUUUUUAAUAGGUUCACUAUCAUUAAUGGGUUUUCCAUUUUUAACUGGAUUUUAUUCAAAAGAUUUAAUAUUAGAGGUGGCUUUUGCGGAUUUUAGCGAAACAGGUCAUUUUGCGUAUUGGUUAGUGAAACUAAUGCUUAUAAAAAUAUUAUUAAAAAUGCUCAUGACGUACCAUUAG